AUCUCAAGAUAUAUGCCUCCUCCUCAUCAUUUUCAUCUCCAUUUCAAUUUUCAUUUCAGAACCUAACAAAGGCACCUAGAACGUCAAGAGGAAACAUUUUAAAAUCAUCUGAAGGAUCGAAUGGCAAUAGUCCAUCAGCCAGCCCCUGGGGCAGCAUCAUUGACAACCUCAAUGGACUCCUUUGUACAUUGAGAGAAAAAUUUGUUCCUCCAGUUCUUGCUCAGAAGAUAUUUUCUUAGGUUUUUACGUAUAUCAAUGUGCAACUCUUUAAUAGCCUUCUUCUAUGUCGAGAGUGUUGCACUUUCAGCAAUGGGGAAUAUGUGAAGUCUGGUUUGGCUGAAUUAGAACUGUGGUGUUGCCAGGCAAAAGAAGAGUAUGCGGGCUCGUCUUGGGAUGAACUCAAACAUGUUAGGCAGGCUGUUGGAUUUUUGGUUAUACAUCAGAAAUCUAGAAUUUCAUACGAUGAAAUUACAAAUGACCUAUGCCCAGUAAGUUUCUCUUCUCUUGCAAAACUGGGAGAACAUCAACUGUGGAUGUUUCCAGGAUGCAAUAUUCCGAGUAGUGGCUGCAAUACUCCACUUAGGGAAUAUCAAAUUUUCAAAGGGGACAGAAUCAAAUUCCUCUGAACCCAAGGAUGAGAAAUCACGAUUCCAUCUCAACACAGCAGCUGAGCUUUUCAUGUGCAAUGAGAAGUCUCUUGAGGACUCUUUAUGCAAACGUGUGAUUGUGACCCGAGAUGAGACCAUAACAAAGUGUUUGGAUCCAGAUUCUGCAGCUCUCAGUAGAGAUGCUCUGGCUAAAAUUGUUUAUUCAAGAUUGUUUGAUUGGCUUGUGAACAAGAUCAAUAACUUUAUUGGUCAAGAUCCUGAUUCGAAGAACUUGAUUGGGGUUCUAGAUAUUUAUGGAUUUGAGAGUUUCAAAACAAACAGUUUUGAGCAAUUCUGUAUCAAUUUGACAAAUGAAAAACUACAGCAACAUUUUAAUCAGCAUGUUUUCAAGAAGGAGCAAGAAGAAUAUACAAAAGAAGAAAUUGACUGGAGUUAUAUAGAGUUUAUUGACAAUCAAGAUGUUCUUGAUCUCAUUGAAAAGGCCAUAUGAUUUAGACUAUUACAUUACUGAAUAUGAUGCAUCUUAAUCGGAGAACUUUAUUUGAUAUUGGGUAGUUAUUUGGAUAUUCAAUGAUAUAAAGUUAUAUGGGAUUGUCCGGGAAAAUAUUGGAUACAGUUUGAUAUUGGGUAGUUAUUUGGUUAUUCAAUGUGAAAGAAUCAAAAGUGUUUUUAUUUGUUGACUAAGUUUGCUAGAGACUGGAGUUUCUUGUUGUAAUUUUCUUCAAUCUGAUCUUCUAUCAAACCUGUAUUUUUUCAUAUAUUUAUACAAGUUCAUUUUUUUUUUAAAUCUGGGAACUUUAUUAGUAUGGAUUUAUAACAAGUACGAGUCUUAUUUGUAAAAUUUUAUUAAACUGUGUUUUCUGUAACAUUUAUCUUGAAGCUGACAUAUCUAUGAUCUGUCAAAUAUUGAAAUAAUUUGAGUUUAUUUUUGAAGUUUGACUUAGUUAUUGAUUUGCUUAACUCCCUACCCUCCCUGCUGAGUAUAGAGUGGUCUUUUUUUUUAGGGGAUUUAUUCAACUUCAAUCAGUUGGUGAGGCAUAUAAAUUGUUCUACCUUGGGCCCCUUCAAUUCACAAAAAUUAAGAAGGGUAAUAGAGCAUGUUGGCUUUCUUGCACCCACAAGUAUUCAGAAUAGCAAUUCAUACAUACACAUUCUUUCAAAUAAUUAAUUGUCACAUACUUCAGCUUUUGAUAAUUCCAUGUUGACUUUUGCUAUACAAUAGCUGCUUGAUUGGACAUUGUCAUUUGAUAGACAUGUUUUUCUUCUCUUUGCUAGAAUCUAUCAUUUGAUGAAUGAGAGAGUAGUUGGAAGUUCAUUUCUUUGUUUCUAUUUUAAUGUACAUGUUCUUCUAUUAUUUCAUAAACCUGGAGGAAUCAUUGCUCUUUUGGAUGAGACGUGGUAUAUAUACAAGCUUUUAUGGAAUAACCUCUUUCAUUCAUUUUUUUAAGAUAGGAAUAUUUACAGUUUACUUUAGAUUUAUUGUUCUAUGUUAGUGAGGUUG